AUGACAACCACACUAAAAGAAACCCGCAUAUCCCUCCGUCCACGCCGCGAAUCCGACGCCGAAGCUUUGUAUGCAACAAUGUCACACCCCGAUUCGAUGCAUUGGUGGUCCCGCGGUCCCUUUACCUCAAUCUCAGAAUUAUGCAACUACUUCUCUCCAGACGAAUCUUCAAACUGGAAAACCUGGGCAAUAGUCAAAGCAAGCGACACAUCAGACACCGCCAUUGGAUUUGUAGCUGCAGGCGCAAAACGGAAAGGUGUGACCGAGAUUGGGUAUCUCGUUGCUCGUGAAGCAUUGGGGAAUGGGUAUGGACGUGAAGCUGUGUCUCUGUUGAUUAAGAAGUUGUUUGCAGAAGGAGAGAGAAGAAUCGUUGCUGAUGUUGAUCCGGAGAACAAGGCGUCUAUUGCUUUGCUCACAGCAUUGGGGUUCGAGCUAGAGGGACAUCUGAGAGCUGAGUGGGAGACGCAUAUUGGGAUUCGGGACUCUCUGAUUUAUGGGUUGUUGAUUGAGGAAUGGCAAGCUUCGGCUGCUCGGUAA